UGAAAGCUGCAUCAUCCACACUCUCCGACGCUCAAAGACGGAGGCGAGCCCUGAAGAGGCUCCGUUACCGUCGGAACAAGCGAGCUCGCCAGACGGGGAACUAUCCUUCGUCUAGGACAUCCGAGGUUUUAACACAUCAAGAAACCACGAGUUGUUCCAGCAGGAGACCCCAUUAUUUACACAUAUCUCCUCCAUCCUAUUCCCCGAUCAAACCAGCUGAACCUGGAUCACAGAUUUCAGUGUACUCUUCCCAGAACGCCAUGACCUCCAGACAUACCCAGAUUUCCGCACCCAGAAAUCCUUGGACGAUACAAGCAAACGACCUGGAUGAAUCUGAAUAUGGAGAAGAAGAAAAUGAGGAGGAAAACAAAGAAGAACAAGAAGAAGAUGUAGAUGAAGAAGGAGAAGAAAUUGACGAAGAAGAAAGACAAGAAGAUAGAGAAGGAGAAGAAGAUGACGAUAACGAUGACGAGGAAGAAGACGAUGGCAAAGAAAACAGGAGAAGAGCCUUUGAGCAAAUGUGCGAUGGGCUUUUAGAAGAAGAGAUCGAGCAUCACCAGCAGCAACAUCAGCAACAGCAACAGCACCAGCAGCAGCAGCAGCAGCAACAUCAGCAACAGCAGGAGCAUCGGUUAACCGACGAGGAUGCCGCGGUCGACGACAGCGACACGGAAAUAGGAGUCAUUCCGUCGGGCGGUUACAGAAACGUUGACAGGCAAUCGCACAAAGCUCUGCAGUGGUUGGUGUGGAUGGAACGCGAACUCGGACAUCCCAUUAUCCAUGCAAGGCCGCGAAUAUAA